AUGCUGCGCCCGGCGUCGUCGUCGCCCGGGGCGCUUGUGCCGCCGUCUACGCCGCCGCGGCUUGCGCGUACGGCGAGUGCGCCUGCGGCGCCACCCAUGCACGAGGCGAUGCUCUCGUGGAGCCAGCAGAUUGACGCGGUCGUCGAAGAGACGCCGCUCGUGGCGCUGCAGGCCAACCAUACGAAGGCGCGCGAGCACACGCGCACGCUGCUGCAGCUGUACGUGGCCGUGUUUGUGCUCGCGCUCGCUGUGUCGCUCGACUCGAUGUCGUUCAAUCUAUACCUCAACGAUGCGUGCAGCGAGUUCGGCGCGCUCUCGAGCGUCGGCACGAUCAUGAUUGUGCAGCAGCUCAUGCGCGCCGUCUCCAAGCUCCCGCUCGCGAAGCUGGCGGACCUGGCGGGGCGCGUCUGGACGCUGGCCUUUGUCGUGGCGAUGUACGCCGCCGGCUACGCCCUCAUGGCGCGCGCCUCGACGCUCCUGCAUCUCGCGGUCGGCGCCGUUGUCCAGUCGCUCGGGGCCACCGGCGUGUGUGUGCUCCAGUCGAUCAUCAUCGCAGAUACCUCGUCCGUGCAGUGGCGCGGCUUCCUGAUCGGCCUCGUGAACCUGCCGUACCUCCUCAACUUUGCGCUCGCGGGCCCGUGGGUCGACGUCACGCUGCGCGCGGGCGGCUGGCGCCUCGGCCUCGCGCUCUGGACAGCGAUCGUGCCGCUCGCGGCCCUGCCGCUCUUUCUCCUCAUCGUCGUGGGCCACCGCCGCGCGCGCCGCCUGCAGGCGCCGCCGCCGCGCCGCGCGCGCGACGUGCUGCGCGAGAUGGACGUGGUCGGCACGCUCCUGCUCUCUGUAUCGCUCACGCUCCUGCUCCUCCCGCUCUCGCUGCAUGGCCCCCAGGCGCUCGGCGACCCCGCCCAGCUCACGCGGUACGAGACCCUGCUCGGUCUCGUGCUGCUGGCCGGGCUGCUGUGGUGGGAGUCGUCUACGCCCACGCCGCUGCUCCCGCGCGCGGCGCUGCGCCACUUCACCGUCGUCGCCCUGUGCGUGGUCGCCGCCCUCGACUUUGCCGGCUUCUACCUCAGCUGGACGUACCUGGCCCCGUUCAUCCAGGUGCUCAAGGACUGGGACUCGGCGCGCACCGCCUACUUUGUCACCGCGCAAAACGUCACAUCCACCCUCACAGGCGUCGUCGUGGGGUGCUGCAUGGCGUACACGCGCCGCUUGAAGCGCUACCUCGUCGUCGGCUACCUGGUGCGCCUCGCCGGCGUCGCGCUCAUGCUCCGCUACCGCUCGCUCGGCCACUCGGCGCUAGCGCUGCUCGCGUGCCAGGUCCUCCAGGGCCUCGGCGGCGGCGCGCUGGCCCUCUCGACGCAGGUCGGCGCGCAGGUCGCCGUUGAGCCUGCCGAGGUGCCCGUCAUUACGGCGUUCGAGCUGCUCACGACGGAGCUGGGCGCGGCGCUCGGCUCCGCGCUCGCGAGCGCCGCCGUGACAGCGACGCUGCCCACCGCCUUGCGCACGCACCUCCCGAGCCUCUCGCCCGCGACGCGCGCGGAGAUCCAGGGCAGCCUCCAUGCCGCGCUCGCAUACCCCCCCGGCUCGCCGGAACGCCUGGGUAUCGCGCACGCGUGGGUCGACGUGAUGCGCCGGCUGUGCCAGCUCACCGCUUGA